AUGACUCUGUGCGAUCUUUGCAGAGCAAUCCCGUGGGAAAACCUUCCCAUAGCCCCGCCCGAGUCAUGGCUUAACGUCAGCGGAUAUCCGUAUCUCCAUGACUGUCACGAUUGGCCCGAAGACAGCCGAGGCUAUCUACAUCAUCCGAGUCUGGAAGCUCUACGAAAUGCUGCGAACAAUGAAGGCUGCGAUAUUUGCUACUUGAUACUUACUCAGGUCAAAUCAUGCCAGGCAGAACUCGAAGAGCUUAAGCCCAAGUGGGAAGCGGGGACGAUAAGAAAGUACGGUUGGCCGCUAUGGGAGAUGUGGAUUGUCAAGAGGCUAGUUGGAGGAGGUGAUGGGUUUUGGGUUAUGAGUACGACAGAUGACGAGAGAAAAGAGACUGUACGGCUUGUAGCGGCCAUUGGACUCUGUGUAGACGAUAGUGAUCCUUUCGCCCAGGUCAUUCGCGGACGACCCGUUGAGCAGUAUGGGGGAACUUCGAAGGCGAUAUCAAGAGCUCAUAACUGGGUAAAGGAGUGUGACGAGCAUCCUAAAUGCAGCCCUGGAGAGACGCUGUUACCGUGUCGAGUCGUUGACGUUGGUGACGAUAUCAACAGCUCAUAUGCAAAGCUCCGGGAAACGGACGGACAGGAACGUGGAAGAUACAUAUCUCUCAGCUACUGUUGGGGCAAAGAGCCCCAAUUCACUACCACUAAAGCAACCCUCGAAGAACGCAAACGUCAAAUCAAUAUCUCUGAUCUAUCAAAAACGCACCAAGAUGUCAUUCAACUAGCGCGAGAACUAGGUGUGAGAUAUAUAUGGAUAGACAGCAUCUGCAUCUGUCAAGGCGACUACGAGGACUGGGAGCGAGAAUCAGCAAAGAUGCUUUCAAUAUAUGCAAACUCUUACUUGACCAUCGCCGCCUCAAAGGCAAAGGAUCACUCGGAAGGACUCUUCAGCAUGACAGAUCCAAGGGAAUACAAGACGUUUGAGUAUAAAUCCGGACAGCUCAGUGGACAGGUCAUGGCGUUCAAUCUUCCGAUCGAUAGAGAAUCUGGUGCUAGUCCUUAUGUGAGUCUACGAAAUGAUCCACUCUCUGACCGGGGCUGGGCUCUUCAAGAACGAGUGCUGCCGUGUCGAACCUUGCUCUAUACAAAGCAGCAGAUGUUUUUUGAGUGCAGUGAGGGAUUUCGAGGGGAGGAUGGCACGGUUCUCGAUUGGAGAUUCGUGAAUGUGCAUGAUAUGCCAGACGGACGGGAAGAACGAAAAGAGGCUGAGGAUAAAGAGGAACAAGAUGAUCCUAAAGCAAUACUGUAUCAGUCAUGGUACAGUCUGCUCCGGAUAUACGGCCCUCGAAAACUGACAGAGGCGUCGGAUAAACUCCCUGCCAUCUCUGGUCUCGCGAAUAUCUUUGCCAAACGCCUUAACGACGAGUAUGUCGUUGGACUCUGGCGAUCAAGACUGUUGGAAGGGCUGCUCUGGCAAGGCCUCAGUUGCAGACGCGUCUCAGAGUAUAGAGCACCCUCCUGGUCGUGGGCAUCUAUGGACGGAAUUCCUGGCCUCGGGGUAAGUGCACCUUACGAGGAAGUUGCGAGAGUCUUAGAUGUCAAGAUUGAUCUCAAGGGCACGAAUAUCUACGGCGAGGUUACAAGUGGAAGGCUGCAGAUCCAGGCGCCGAUGGAGCGAUUAUACCUCGACGUCAAAGACUGGGAUCCUACGAAGCCUGGGCUUGCGUAUGAUAACAACCCUCCGAUCCGUACAGCACAUGAUGAGACGCAUUCGCGGUUCGACUUUAACUUUACUGCUGAUGAUGCACCGCAGGAGGCACUGAAGAUAGUCAAGAGUUUAGAGGGGAAAGAAUUCUUUGCGCUCAUCUUGCUGAAGGUUAAAGAAAUGGAUGAGGAGACUUCUUAUCAUGCUGUGAUGGUAAAGAGGGUCGAUGGGGGAGAGGAUUACGAGAGGCUGGGUUUUGGGUUCAUUGACGAAAAGGCUUUGGGACGGCCACUGGAUCUCGAAGCGAGAGAUGAGUUUCCUGUUAUUACACUUGUGUAG